AUGGAUGAGUCGGAUGGUGUGCUGAGUGACUCUGAAGCGGACAAUGAACAAACGCAACGGGAACGUUCAGAGGGUGCAGCGCAAGGUAGCAACUUUCUUUGUUGUAAUUCAUCAGGGUGUGAUGGUUAUUGA